UAUAUAUCUAUCUAUAGGUUCAAUCUGGACAAGUCUGGGGGCGCCUGGUGUCCGCACGCACAGCUCAGCGCCGACACGUCCGGUCACGAGUGGAUCGAAGUGUCUCUCGGCGACCGACACGUCGUCACCGGAGUGGCCACUCAGGGACGGUAUGGCAACGGAUAUGGCGUGGAGUUCGUCGAAGAGUAUUGGAUUGAAUACUCGCGAGACAACGGUACCACUUGGAUCAGAUGGAAGUCCACGGAAGGCAAUCAUUUACUGGAGGGAAAUGUGGACACAUUGAAUGCGGUCGAGCACGAGCUGGAUGUGCCCAUUGUCGGUGCCAACCGUAUCCGACUCUACCCCUAUUCAAAGCAUUUGCGGACAGUAUGUCUGCGAUUUGAAUUAUACGGCUGUCCAUACGAUGGUCCGGUCGCCUACUCGAUGCCAAAUGGCGUGAAGGGGAGUCGAUUCGGCGACUUAAUGGACACAACAUAUGACGGCCUAAUCACCGAUGGCGGACAUCUGAGCGGAGGUGUGGGCCAACUGGUCGAUGGCAUCAAAGGACUGGAUAAUUAUAAAAUCAAUAAAGCGUUUGAAUGGAUCGGUUGGCAAAACAGCAAUAAAAGCGUGGAAAUCGUGUUUGACUUCGAGUCGGUCCACAACUUCACCACAACCAGCAUUAAUUGUCACAACAGUUUCACCCGAGAUGUCCGCGUAUUCUCGUCGGCCCUCAUCUGGUUCAGCAUCGAUGGCGUCAAGUGGUCUAACGUUCCCAUUAAAUACAGCUAUCAAUCGGAUCACACGCUGGAGAGACCCAGAGACGUGAUAAUACACUUGCAGUAUAGGAUCGGACGGUACGUGAAAAUGAGUUUCAGAUUCGGUGCCCAAUGGCUACACAUCAGCGAAAUUGCUUUCGACUCGCAGUCGUUAGUCAACUCCACGGCAAACAUCACCCAAUUGUUUGACUUCGACGACAACUUAGGAUUAAUUAGUAACUUAAGUGUUAAUAAUAACUCGUUGUCUCCGAUGGCAACUCAAGAUUUCGAUCAGACGACUAUGAAGUACUCGCUGCUGAUCAUCACAUUAGUCACGUUAAGUGUGGUGGUGCUGAUGGUGGUGUCCUCGUUCAUGAUGAGGGCCUACCAGACCCGUAAGGGCAAUGUGUUUCGCGAGAUCUCCGACACGGACCUCGAGUCCGAGAACCAGACGGUCACCAUGAAAGACAUACCGAAGAUAACGACCCCUCAGACGCUGCUGUACUGCGAGCCCAAGGAUAUGUCGCCCACCGAGGAGGAGGCCGAGUACGCCGUGCCCGACGUCAUCAUAGCCAACGGCAAGACAAAGUCACUAUCGAUGCCCACAUCCAAGUCCAUCAAAACUAAUCCCAGAUAUUACGCCUCCUCUGAGAUAAUUAAGCCGAAACACACCACAAGUGACAAUAAGUACCCGAAACAAGUGCUCAAUCACUACGAGUCGGCCAACUAUUCCUCGCAACAGACGCCCCUUUUGACCACUUUUAUGGCCAACAAUCAAAACACAUCCCAUUAUCACACGAGGAAUGGCUCAUCGCUGGACGGUUCCCAUCAGAUCAAGAUCUACAGCGAAAACGAUGUGUUUGUGUUCGAGAAGAUCGGGAACUCCAAGUUCGGGGACGUCUUGUUGGCCAAAAUGAACGACACGUACCGCAAGACCAGUGACACAGUGGUGGUGAAGGCGCUCAAUCAGCCCCACCUCAAGCAGGAGUUCAUCGACGAACUCAAACUCUUGUGUCAAUUAUCUCAAAAUUGUGAUAAGUUUGCCAAACUGUACGGCGUUUUAGACACCACUGAGUGCUUCGCGAUGUUGUCUGAGCCGGGAGAUUGCGAUCUCAACGAGUUCUUGAGGGAAUGUGAUCCCAGUGUUAUCACGUGA